AUGGGCGCCCUCGAUACACCGGAAAACAAGCCCCACAAGCGCGAGUUGUGUCCCUACCAGGUGUGCCAGGACCCCUUCGCCACCACCUGGGUCCACUGCGCCACCUGCGCCCAGGCCUACCACCAGCAGUGCGCCCACCACGACGCCGCCGACGAGCCGUUCACCUGUGACCGCUGCGCCCACAAGCGGCGACGACCGCGCCUGUCGUCGCUCGAGCUGGCGGGCGCCUUGCUGCCGCGGGCGGCGCUGGCGCCGGUGACGACCACCCCUCAGAGCGAGGGUAACGGCCAGCGCAAGCGCGAGGCGCCGGUGGCGCUUUUAGCGCUGAGGCGCGAAGCGAAGCCGCCGUUGCCGCCGUGGCUGCGACCGCACGAGCCGCUAUUCGGGUGGGAGUGGCGCGAGGUCGCCAUCGCUCUAGCCACCCAAUACGGCAAACAAGUGGACCCCCACCCGGCGAAAGUGGCGCGGGCCCAGUCGGACUUAGGGGCGUUUUACCAACAAUUGUGUAACGCCAACAUUUCUGAAACGACGAAUAAGGGGUUGAAGAAAACCGUCUACGAUCUACUGGCGUUGUCACGCCUGCCACGCUCCCAUCGCGCCAUCGUGGAAAUUCUGAAACUGAUAAACCCGGAGAUUAUCGAGGAUUAUCUCGCGUUUUAUGAGGCGUGUGUUGCCAUUGGGGUGGCCAAUGUACCGCCGCCGCAAGCUCCCGGAGCCGAAUGGGCGCCACCAGUGACAUCACCAAAACUUGAACCAGCAGCAAUUGUCACAAAAAGACCCCACACAUCCAAUUCUGAAACCACUUCUGAAACAACAUCAUCUUCUUCUUCAUCAUCAUCAUCGCUGCUGCUUAGUAAGCGACCUCGGUUUGACCACCCCAGUCCGGUACUGGAGGUGGAAGACGGUGAAUUACUGCUCAAACCAACGAUGGCCCCGUGGGAGUUCCAAGUGUUAGCGUUUGCCCUCGCCGCCCAGUAUAAUGUCGAUACUCGGUCGUCACCCGAAUGGGAGCGCCGCGUCGCCGCCGACCCUGACGAGUGCCUUGAAUUCAUGUAUCAGAUGUCAUUAGUGCUGCCGCAUCAGGAGCUUACGCUUCUGACGUAUACCGGCAGUUAUAUGGACGUCCAGCUGCCUCGACCGUUUGAGAAAUGGAGACAAUUGGGCCGUCGGUUGACCCCCGUGGUAGUGCCGUUUUAUUUAGCCUACUACCGCGUGUGCGUCGAACACAGCAUCGAACCAAAAAUGUUGAUAUAA